GUGCAUAAAGAAAAGAUAAUACGACUGGUAAACGGAUAAUUACAUCAACAAUCCAUGUUUUUCUUUCAUCCGCAUAACACUUUAUAUAACUAAGUGGCGUUGUUGCGGCGCACACCACUACUACCACCACCACCACUACCAUUACAGGAACACGUGCAUUCCCACCUAUCGCUUCAUCAUGCACUAUAUUAACGGUAAGUUAUCGCUGAGGUCUUGUCGAUGAAGGCCGCUGGGUGGAGGAACGGGAUCGAGCUGCAGGGAAGGGGAGCAGAGGGAGCAGGGGAAGCAUUGUCGGUGGCGGUGGCGGUAGUGGAGGGUGCCUAGCGAGGUGUGUGGUGUCAGUCGUUGUCACACAGCAGGACGUACGCUGCACGGCUCUGCACGCCGGCACUGUGUGACUGUGUGUGAACGUCUCUUUCCGGCCAAGCGAGUCCCAUCUCCCGUCUCCUUUCACGUCACAUCGCCGUUGACAGUGUGUGGUACGCGUCUUAAGGUGUGUUGGUGCCUGAGGGUAGGCAUCGUGGAUGGUGCGGACAACCCGGUCUUCUGGCCGUCACGCAGCAUAGUCGCAGUGGCAGAUGCACGGCUACCCAAAGGUGUACGAUGGCGCUUUUAAGGUGCCGCAGCAUUCGCAUGCUCCUGGUGGCGUUGGGCCUCGCCACGGCGGCCGUCAUGACGAUGGGAUGGUGGUGGCGGCUACUGGGAGCAUCACGACCAUUCCCAGGACGAGCCUCAGUCUUCCUGGAAGCCACAGAGCACUCCCAGAUCCCGCAGCUCUACCACAGCACACACACUCGGCUACAGACACACCCUGAUACAGCAGUCCCCGCUGACCGCUUCUGGCAUCUGGACCUAAAAGGCGGCGCCCCCAAGGUGGAAGUGCUGGAAAGCCUUAUGGUACUGGCGGCACGAGCUGGAGCCACAGGAGUGCUUGUGGAGUGGGAGGACGCCUUUCCUUAUACGGGCUCCCUUGCAAACUUGUCAGCACACACCGCCUACACGAUGCAGGAGGUGCAUCGCAUCGCCGAUGCGGCCAAGGGAGCGGGACUCAAACUGGUGCAUCUGAUGCAGUCUCUGGGCCACCUGGAAUACGCCCUCAAGCUGCGGCAGUGGGCAGAAUUACGGGAAGGCGAGAGCCCGGCAGAAGCCUGCCCUUCCCGACCAGCCACGGCCCGUCUGGUGACUGACGCCAUCGACCAGCUGAUGAGUGCCAUGCCUUCGUCCCUGGUGCACAUCGGCGCUGACGAGGUGUUCACGCUGGGCCAGUGCUCUCUCUGCCGUGCGCGGGACAUGACGCCACUCAAUCUGUACUUGCACCAUGUGCUGCACGUGGCCAGGCACGUAAGGACACGGUGGGGCGUGCGUGUGCUCAUGUGGGACGACAUGGUGCGCCGCGCUCCCGUGCAAGCCCUACGAGCGCUGGCAGGCGUAGCUGAGCCCGUGGUGUGGGCGUACGGCCCAGAUGUCACUCGCAUGGUGCCGGCCUACAUCCUUAGGACCUACGCCGCCAUCUUUCCUAAAGUCUGGUUGGCGCCGGCCUUCAAGGGCGCCACCGGUCCGCGAGCCAUCAUGCCGGACGCCGCUCGACACGCCGCCAACACGUUGGCGUGGGUGCAGGUCGCCCAUCGCAUGCAACACACACGCCUCAACGUGGCUGGCCUGAUCAUCACCGGUUGGUCCCGUUAUGACCACUUCUCAGUGUUGUGCGAGCUACUACCCCCCUCCACUCCCUCCCUGGUGCUGACGCUGCUCACUGCCUCCCGCGGCAGCCUCACCCCCGCCAGCCUUCAAGACGCUCACGCUCUCCUCGACUGUCCACCGCACGUCAUGCUGAAUCCUGCCCAGGACCGGCACCUGUGGGCCACCCGAGACUGCGCCUUUCCCGGGGCCAACGUGGCCGCACUGCUGCAUCGCUUCGCACGCCUCAGGGACGACGUGAAGGAUAUGCAUCACGAGGCGGAGGAGAAGGGAGGGUGGCUCACGUCCUACAAUCUCCGCUAUAACUUUUCCUCGCCAUCACGGGUACGCGAGGCGACAAUGAGUCUGAGGUCCCUCUCCUCCAGCCUGAAGGAAAUGUACGAGGAGGCCCGCGCGGUAUUGUCACAGUACCACGACCUCCACACAACCAAGGAGUGGACGGAACAGCAUCUGGACCCCCUAAACACCACGCUCACCUCUCUGCGCCGCUCUGCCACCACGUUGCUUAGCUUCACUGUGUGGCCUAGAAGACCUCUCGACUUGACUCAGCCCAACCAACCCACCAAGAUAUUUCGAAAUCACUCCCAGUCCUCACCAUUCGUCUAAACUUGUCUGCUAUAUCAUUUCCAUUAUUAAAUGUAAUAAAAGAUUAA